CGCCUUCCAAGAUGGCCGCCCUAGCAACAGGGGUGGCUACGAGGAGAUCGAGGCAGCAGGAGACUUAUGAAUAUUGAAAAGGAUAAAAAUGGCCUUCUCUUCAACAAGAAGAGUGACUUUAGAAUGGAGUACGGCAUGCUAGAAGAACUGGAGUACAAACUGACUAAAAACCGGAAAGAAGAAAAAGCUAAAAUCCAGCAGCAGCUGACAAAAAUUCAUAAUAACGUUAAGGGGCUUCAGCGGCAGUUGAAAGAUGCGAAACCAACCCCAGAAUUUGUUGACAGACUCAAAGAAAUUAUGGAAGAGAUUGAAAAUGCAAUAAACAACUUCAAAGAAGAACAACGACAAAUAUAUGAGGAGCUUAUAAGGGAGGAGAAGACUUCUACUAAUGAGCUUAAUGCCUUGGAGAGAAAAAUUGAAAUGUGGACAUUAGGUACUUCAGCAACAGAAAAAAAUUUCAGGCAAGGCAAAGUUCCAGUAGAUAAAGAGAAUCAAAAUAAUCUGCCCAAUGAAGUACUAGAGCUUGAAAAGUUUCUUCAGCAGACAGGAGGAAAAUAUGGGGGGUGGGAUGAAUAUGAUCAUCAGGUUUUUCUGAAAUUGUGGACAAAACAUAAAGGAAAACAAUUGUAUAUGGAGGAAGCCCAUGAUUAUUUCCCUGAAAGGAAAAAAGAGGAUAUUCAGCAGCAUGAGAAAUGGUAUCAAGAAUUUCUAAAUUUAGAAGCAAGAAAAAAGGAGUCUAUUAAAAAGUGGAAGAUGAAAAAACAACAGGAAAGAGAGAAAAUCUUAGCCCCAAAAGAGAGCCCAGAAAAAGUGCACUCCUCAAAUCUUCAGUGGGAAAAAGUUCAGAAGCAAAAGGCUGAAGAAGAAAGGAAGAAGCGUUUGGAAGACCUUGAAAGAUGGAGAAGACAAAAAGCAAUAGAACACGCAAUGAAGCAAGCUGUUCGACUCAAAGAAGAAGAAGAGAAGGAGAAGAAGUUGCAGAGAGAACGAGAACGGCAGUUCCAGAUAAAGUUGCUGUUGGAAGAGUAUGGAAGGCAGAAAAAGGAACAGGAAGAGCUUGUAAGGCUUGAAAAAGAGAAAAGAGAGGAAGCUGAAAAGGAAGAGAGGAAAAGAACUGCUGCAGAAGAAAUUCUUAAGUUUCAAGAGCGAGAUCUGCAUAAACUUGAGCUUAAGAUUCUAGAAAAACAGAUGAAGGAAGAAGAAAAGAUGGAAAAAGAAAAAAGAUUGUCCAAGUUGAGAGAAAAGGUUGAAAUGAAUGUAUCUCGAGACCCAUGUAGGCUGUACAAACCUACAAAAGUUUGGGAGGAACGAACGAAAGAGAUUGGACCAGUGGGUGCAGAGCCACUUAUGCAUAUUCCACACAGGGCUGUCCCAACCUGGCGACAAGGGCUAUAGCUGGAUGUCUGCACAGUUUUACUGGAAAAUGCAUACAUGUAUGUGUAAAGUGUCUUAUCAGAUCAUUUCAUGGUUUUCAUUACUGGAUAAAGGGAUUUCAUUUUGUAUUAAGGAUGAAGUUACAUAAAUGUGAAUUUUAUGUUAUGCUAAAGAAAAGAUCAAACACAAAUACAA